AAACUUCAAUUCAUUGACAAUUCAUUGAUUAUGAAACCAAUUAUGCAUUCAUUUUAACAUCACUUUCACAUCAGUUGUCAUUUGUCUGGCGUAAUGGACGUCAACUCUGCACUAUCACUGUUGGGAUCAAUUGGAUGGUAUCAGACAUAUGUGUAUCUGUUAUCAUGUGUUCCGGUGAUCAACGCCGGGAUUGUCAUGUUGUCACUGGUCUUCCUGUCUGCCACUCCUCAUCACAGAUGUUUUGUUCCCAACUGUGAUCCCAAUGGACUGAACGCCAACUUCUUUGACACGUUUUUGUCUCAAUCCAUACCAAAAGUCUUCGGUUCUGUUGUGUCCUAUGAAUCGUGUAAUCGUUUUAAACAAAUCAAUGACUCAAUCAUUAGAAGUGAUGCCAAAGAUGUUUGUGAUAUAAACCGGUUUACAAACCAAACAGAAAGUUGUGAUCACUUUGUCUUUGAUAGAAAGCAGUUCCAGUCCACUGUUGUCACUGAGUUUAAUAAAGUUUGUGACAAAUCAUGGGAAAUGUCGUUAUGUCAGUCCAUCUUCUAUUUGGGAGUCCUUUCCGGUGCUUUCAUUUUCGGUGUAUUAGCGGAUCGCUAUGGGCGUCGGUCUGUGUUUAUGGCGGCGCCUAUUCUCGGCUUUUCGAGUGCAGUGUUGUCGUCAUUUGCGCCCAACUUCUUAAUAUUCUGCAGCAGUUCUGCGGUGACGGCCGCCUGUAUUGCAGGCAUGUAUCAGACGGCCUUCAUUAUAGGUAUUGAGUUCAUUGGUGGCCAGUGGCGAGUCUGGUGCGGAAACAUACAUUCAAUUCUGUUCGCUGUGGGCGCCGCCGUCCUAUGCCUUAUGGCUUAUUAUGUGCGCGAUUGGAGACAAUUGCAGUUUGUUAUCGCACUUCCAGUAGCGUUCACUCUCUCCUAUCCCUGGCUGUUCCCUGAGUCGGUUCGUUGGCAGGUCUCCAAUGGACAGACAUCUAAAGCAAUUAAGACAAUCAAAAGAGCUGCCAAAUGGAACAGAGUUUACAUUCCAGAGGAAUAUCUGUACACUUGUGAAGACGUGAGUGAUUAUCUGUUUAUUUAA